AUGGCCGUCACAGUAUGUAUCGAUUUCGGUACGACCUAUUCCUCCGUUUCCUUUUAUAGGUCCAGACAGGCAUCUGGCGACAACCCGAGCGUUGGCUGUGAAAUUCACCCCAAGGAUAUCGGUCACAUCACGAAUUAUCCGAAGGCACCAAAAUUCAGCAAAGCGAAGUGCUACGAAGUGCCCACUGAGUUGCUCUACGACCUGGAGAAUAACACGAUCGACUGGGGAUACCCUGUACACGCAAAACUAAAGUUCCCCGCCGAUGUCAACUACGUCCGGAUACAUAAGUUCAAAUUGCUCCUCGACGAAAAGGAAUACACACAGGAUGGUCGGAGAGAAGCCAUUACUAGCUUGACAAGGCUUGGCUUGGAUCGUGAGGAAGUCAUCUUUCAAUUCUUGGUGCGACUCCUGCGACACACGCGCACCGAAUUGACCACACAGCAUGGUCUCCAACCAACAGACUCAGUUCAGCUGGUCUUGACUGUUCCAGCCAUCUGGACUGGGAAUGCUGAUACCAUCAUGACGCGAGGUCUUGAGCGUGCUGCGCGAGAAGCCGACCUUGGGCAAGAGCAAGACGUGUUCCUUGUGUCAGAGCCAGAUGCAGCAGCGACCUAUUUCUGCGCAGCUGAGAGAUCGGACUAUCCAUUCCUAAAGGAUGGAGAUGCGUUCAUCAUAUGUGACUGUGGAGGGGGGACGGUGGAUUUAGUCACCUAUGUGUUACAAAGCGUAUGGCCUCCCCGGAUCGACGAGAUAGUCGCUGGUGAUGGGGGCUUGUGUGGAUCAAGCUAUGUCGAUAAAGCCUUCUAUCAAUGGCUGCUGCAGAAGUUUCAGGGAGACAACCGGUACGCAGACCUAGAUAAGCAGGUUGGAGGAUUCAGAAAAGUGGCAGAGACGGCCACCACAGACUUCGAGAGCAGAACCAAACGAGAGUUUUCCGAGCUUGACGAGAAGGUCUUUCUUGUGGUGCCGGGAGCACGAGCAACCGACGAGAUGCCUUCCAGUGCCAUUGUCGCAGACGGGAGUACGAUCAGAAAAUUGUUUGAACCACGGCUAGAGCAUAUAGUUCGGUUGAUCGAAUCACAGAGACACAAAGCUAUCAGCGCAGGCUACGAAUGCAAAAAAGUCCUCCUCGUUGGAGGGUUUGCUUCUUCCGAAUGGGUUCAAUACUACUUGCGGGAAGCGUUGAAAGAAAAAGAAUGCGAUCUCCGAUUUCCUUUCACUGAAGCUACUGCGAUAUCUGCUGGAGGUAUCAUGCGAUAUAUGAACCGAGCAGAAGGCCCGUCCGAGAUCAUGCGAGCUUCGUAUGGAUUCACUCGUCAGGAGCCUUAUCAACCACACAAAUAUGAAGGCCAUCAUGAGGGAAACUGCAUUCCGGUCACGGAUGAACAAAAUGGGCAACUGUACGUUCUGGAUUGCGUGAAUUAUUUUGUGCGUAAACUUCUGAAGGGACAGGUGGUGCCUCCCGGCGGUGGCACUUUCGACUUGAGUGACAUCGACAUGGGCGACCUUGAGGCCAGUGGAAGCCUGGAGUGGACAUUCCAAACCAUCACCACAGAUCUGACCAUCAAUCUGGCCGUCUUCUCCAAUGAAACGGGAGACAGUCUGGAAAAUCAUUUCCCCCUCACGCAUGCGAAAAACCAGGAUACUGUCGCUAACGCCUCACGAGGAUGUGUACCGCAAGGUCGGAUCGAAUACACUGUCACGGGAGCAGAGCUACGCAGGCUACGAGCGCCGGUGUUGAGCCACAAUUACAUCUUCAAAGACGAGACGAGAAGACGAUAUUACACUCUCAGAUAUGAAGCCAAGUUUCACAAAAUCGGCCGGAACAUUCGGUAUGAGUUGUGGAUUGCAGGGGAAAGAAAACUGUCGGCUUUGCUGAAUGCGAGUUCUGUGACAGACCCAAACUCCCUGGAGGGGCGACUGGACAGUCUGGAAAUAUGA